AUGAGUGAGAUCGAUCGGCUGAGAGAACGAGUGAAAGAGCUUGAAGGACAGCUUAGAGAUACGAGCAUCCCGACACCGCCGGAUGAGCAGAGUCCAGAGGUCGCAUUAAACGGCUCAUCUCCGAACUUCUCAUAUGCUAAUAAGGGAGUUCAACUCGAUACUGCGACUACGAUCCAGUCAUUAGCCCCCAGCACUCAGUUUUACGGCCCGUCAUCCACGUACUAUUUCAUCCAUUGUAUCAGCCAACGUCUCAAAGCAAAUGGUACAGCCUUGAACGCUGAUCAGGAGCCUCGCAGCUUGAUACCCAACUCAGCAAGCCGAUCUAUGGUCAACGUCAUCAAUACUCUGGAUGUCGAGAUUGGUGAACACCAAAGUUCCAAUGACCCGGCACCAACUGGAGUGCCACAUGGGUUGACUGAGAAGACGCUGUCUGGGAAAGACUUAUCGGCCACCCAAGAGGCGUAUUUCCUCGACCUAUUUUGGGACUCGUGGCAUUGCUGUUACCAGCUUCUCGAAGAGGGAGAGUUUAGGGCACACUACAAAUCACUAUGGGAUGAACCAACCAGUGGAAUUAGGAAGGACUCCUCUCUUGUCGAUAUUGUAUUAGCACUUUGUAUGCAAUUCGGCGUCACAUCGCUGCCUCUUCAAGGUGGUUACAAGGCGGAGAUUAACUUUCGCGACGCAGCAGUUGCAGGUCGUUGGCUUUACCAGCGCUGCCAAAAGUUGAUCUCAUGUGACCUGGAGAGGCCAACGCUUGAGACCUUUCAGUGUCAACUGUGGUCUGCGAUCUACUUGGCGAAUGCUUCUUACCAGAACAUGGCGCAGAACAUGCUCGGUGUUGCAGCACGCACGGCAUAUACGUUAGGAUUGGAUAUUGAGCCAGGAAACGAUCUGCCCAUCAAAGAAAGAGAAGCACGGAAGCGGGCUUGGUGCAUAUUGUUCAUGUUCGAGACAAGAUCAUGUAUUCGUCUGGGAAGACCUUGGGUCACCCAAACCCAGCCGAUUUCGCCAUUGUUGUCUACCAGCCACCGAUGCCAUGCUACAGUUGGCGUCGGUCAGACAAGAUACACCACUGAAAGAGCAAAGCUCACCGAGAUAGCCCGGUCGGCCUUUGAUAGUGCCUUCAAUUACCGACCGAGCGGCGAAGCUUCCACCACGACUUCCGACCGCCAAUCGAACCUAUAUACUUCCAGUAUGGCGAGAAUGCGUGCAUGGGCCGAAUCCCUACCUCACAUGCUGAAGACGGAGAGACGUAGUGGUGGAAAGCCUCUCUCAACUGAUCUCUCAGGGAUUGAGAUUGAGCCAUUUGCGCCCAUCUCGCUGCGAAGACAGCGCUUGAUGCUCGAGCUAUUCUAUCAUGAAUUGAUCCUUACACUCGGCCGACAUUCCAUAAGCCAGUCGUUGACUCGUGCUGGAAGCACACAAGCUUCCCCGCCUCAUGAAGCAGCAGAUAUCUCAGCUCUACACGCCGCAGCAACAACGAAGCUCUUGUAUCAGGUCUAUCGAGAGUACGACAUUUUGAAUGGAUGGUACGAGCCGUUCAACUGCCAAUGGAACGCUGCGAUAACACUGGUCGGAUAUCUCUUGGCAUAUCCCCAGGACACUCAAACUGCUACAAUCGCCCGAACAGCACUAUCGCAAAGUACUACGGUCCUGGAAAAGAUGGGGGACUUUUUUGGAACAGCUCCAAGUGCAGCUGGCGUGAUACGAACACUCCGCCAGAGGCUGAACAUCCCGGUUGAGGCGCAUAUGGCGACAGACAGCAAUACCAUCACACCUGACACGGCUCAAGACAUAGACUUCAAUGACCUCGGGUCGUUUGACCUGUCGUUUGAAGGCAUGCUAGGAACUUUUGGGACAGAGUCAGAGUUUGAGAGACUUGGGUUUGGUACUGACAUGCAGGACUUUCUAGCUAUUGAUGCUGGAAAUAUUGGUACAAUGCAAUAG